UUAUCUAUCCCCUCUCUUUCUCUCUUAUCAAACCAUGUCUCCUAUUCAAGUUAUAUCUCCCACGGACCAAAAGCUGUUAUUCGAGAUACCUACUCUAUCUCAAGAUGAAGUUGACCAUGCCGUAGACAGCUCUGUCAAGGCCUUUGCCAGCUGGAAAAAAGUCCCUGUCGCAAAGCGCGUUGAAAUCAUGGAAAAGUUCUGUAUUCUAUUCGAACAAAAAAAAGAUAAGAUAGCUUCAUCUAUUACAUCCCAAAUGGGUAGACCUAUUCGCUAUGGCCAUGGCGAAGUCAAGGGCGUGCUAGAAAGAGCAAACUAUAUGAUUUCUGUCGCAGAGGAAAGCUUGAAAGACAAUAUCAUUGAGCACGUACCUGGAGUAGUUAAGCGUUAUCAGCGUAAAGAACCUUUGGGUCCCGUUUUCUUGAUCGCAGCUUGGAACUACCCGUAUCUUACUACGGUAAAUAAUAUUAUUCCUGCCCUUUUGGCCGGUAACACCGUUUUGCUGAAACAGUCUCCGCAAACACCUCAAUGUGCUGAUAUUUUUGUUGAAACACUUCGUGAAGCUGGCGUACCUCAUGAUGUAAUUCAAGCUAUUCAUGUCCAAGAUAAGGAAGCUAAUUAUCUUGUACAACACCCAAAAAUCCAAUUCGUUAAUUUCACUGGUAGCGUUGCUGUCGGAAAGAAGAUCAGACAAGCUAUCGGCGAUAGUCAACAUCUCAUAGGAUCUGGCAUGGAACUGGGUGGUAAAGAUCCUGCUUACGUUUUACCUGAUACCGAUAUAGAUUACGCCGUGGAGAGUAUUAUUGACGGUGCCUUUUUUAACUCCGGUCAAUGUUGUUGCUCGAUCGAACGUUGUUAUGUAGAUGAAAGUAUCUACGACACCUUUGUAGAAAAGGCCGUUGCCCUAGCCAAGACCUAUAUCCUUGGUGACCCCAACAAUCAAGAAACUACAUUAGGUCCUAUGGCCAAUAUAAAAUUCGCGAGCAACGUAAGAAGUCAAAUAGCAGAUGCAGUAAAAAAAGGCGCCAAACCUUUGAUCGAUACAGAGAAUGUCUUUCCUAACGAUAAGGCUGGUACUGCGUACGUAAGCCCCCAGAUCUUAAUCAAUGUUGAUCACUCUAUGCUUGUCAUGAAGGAAGAGACUUUUGGGCCUGUUCUUGGUAUCAUGAAAGUUUCUUCGGAUGAAGAAGCAAUCAAGCUUAUGAAUGAUUCCAAUUACGGAUUGACUGCUAGUAUUUGGACAGCUAGCGAGGAAAAAGCAACAGAGAUCGGUGAUCAAAUAGAAACUGGUACUUGGUUUAUGAACCGUUGUGAUUACAUCGACCCUGCGUUAGCUUGGGUAGGUACCAAAGAAAGUGGAUUGGGUUUCUCCAUGAGUAGACAAGGUUAUAGCCAAUUUACGAGUGAACGUUAUCCUAUGUGCUCUCAGUUAAUUACUGACAACGGCAUCCCUGAAUUCGAUAAUCUAUACCUGGACAUGAAUGGUAUUAUCCAUAAUUGUUCUCAUAACAACAACGAUAAUGCCCAUUUCAGAAUCACGGAAGAGCAAAUCUGGAUUGGUGUAUUCAACUAUAUAGAUCACUUGUUUUCCAAAAUCAAGCCUAAAAAAUUCUUUUUCCUUGCCAUUGAUGGUGUUGCACCUAGAGCCAAAAUGAAUCAACAACGUUCGCGUCGUUUUCGUACCGCAAGAGAGGCCGAUGACAUUAAGCAAAAGGCUAUCGAGAAGGGUGAAGAAUUACCAGAAGAAGACGCAUUUGAUUCGAAUUGUAUCACUCCCGGUACCGAUUUCAUGAAGAAAUUAACUGCGGAACUUCGUUAUUUUAUCUCCAAGAAGGUGUCAGAGGAUGCAAAUUGGAGAGGUGUUGAAAUUGUACUGUCAGGUCCUGAGGUACCUGGAGAGGGUGAGCACAAGAUUAUGGAAUAUAUUCGUCUCGCAAAGGCUCAGCCAAACUAUGACCCCAACGUGAGACAUUGUCUUUAUGGUCUUGAUGCCGAUCUUGUCAUGUUGGGUUUGUUAAGUCAUGACCCUCAUUUCGCUUUAUUACGUGAAGAAGUCACUUUUGGAAAAACUAAUAACAAGAAACAAAAGAGCUUGGAUACUCAAAACUUUUACCUCAUGCAUUUGUCAUUAAUGAGAGAAUACUUGGACAUGGAAUUCCAAUCUAUUAGUGAUUCCCUUAGUUUUCCUUAUGAUCCUGAGCGUGUUCUCGAUGAUUUUAUUUUAUUAGCGCUCUUCGUCGGUAACGAUUUCUUACCCAAUUUACCCAACAUUCAUAUUAGUGAAGGAGCUUUGAGUCUGAUGUUUAGAAUUUACAAGGAAAUUUUACCUACCUGCGAAGGUUAUCUUCAAGACGGCGGAAGAGUCGAUAUGGCCAGACUUCAAAAGAUCUUGAACGAAAUUUCUCAGGUGGUUGAAAAGGAGGCUUUUGAAGCCGAAGGUAUGGACAAUCUGUAUAUCUCUGGUAAAGGACCCAAUGGUCAAAAUGACCGUCAGUUAUUACACCAAUUGGAAAAGAAGAAGGCCAAGGACGGCAAAUUAGUUAUCACUGAAAUGCAAGAAACGAUUUUCCGCCAAGUAUCGAAUUAUCUUUUAAACGAGAGAACCGGUAAUGGAACAACACUCGAAUUUGAUUUUCCUUUUAAAGGCCGGGAUCGUAAGUUUGUUGAAAAACUUGCCAAGGACUUGAACAUGACUUGUAAUAUUGUUUCCAACCCUGAUAAAACCACCGAUGUGGAACUCAUGUUCGAUUAUGAUAUUGAUUCUGAAGAUUCAGUCGAUGAGGAAGCUAUCGCUGCUCGUGACCGUGUGUUAAAGAAAUACCAAGAAGCCGAAGUUAUUUCUGAGACUAUUAACCGCGAAGAUGUUGAACGUGAAGAAAAGGAGAGAUUUGAAGUUGGUUUAAAACAAUGGAAAGCUGAUUAUUACAAGGAAAAGAUGGAUAUCGACAUUGAUAAUAAGGAACAAAUGGAUGAUCUCGUGGGUUCUUAUAUUAUUGGUAUUCAGUGGGUACUCCAAUACUAUUACAACGGUGUUGCUUCAUGGGGUUGGUAUUAUCCAUACCAUUAUGCCCCCAAAAUUUCCGAUCUUGUAAACAUUGAACGUUUCCAAGAUCAUGAUUUUAAUCUCGGCCAACCUUUCAAACCUUAUGAACAAUUGAUGGGUGUCUUGCCAAGUUUAAGUAGAAAACUUUUACCUGUUGCUUACCAAGACUUAAUGACAGAUAUCACAUCUCCCAUUAUUGACUUUUAUCCUCGUGACUUUGAUACCGAUAUGAACGGAAAGAAGCAAGACUGGGAAGCUAUUGUCAAGAUUCCCUUCAUCAAUGAAAAACGUCUAUUAGAGGCCAUGUUGAACAGAGAACAACGAUUAACAAAGACUGAACGUGAUAUGGCUCGUGAAGGCGAUAGUUAUCGAUUCUCUUAUGACGAAGAAUUAGCAAAGAAGGAUCCUGAAGAUUUACCUGUUUAUCCUAGUCCUUUACCUGGUGUUUUCCCCGAUAUUCAUCACUGUUUAGUUCGUGAAGAAAUUUACCAUUUGCCUAGCUUAAAGGAAGCUGGUUUGACCUUGAGAAAGGGUCUUCUUCCUGGAGUCAAGGUUGGAAAGGAUGCCCUUGCUGGUUUUCCUUCGCUCCAAACUAUUCCAUAUACCUAUGAAAUCAAACACCACGGUGUGCAUGUUUUCCAGCAAGAUAGUCGCAAUGAGUCUGUUAUAAUCUCCAUUAAGAACAAAUACAAGCACGCAGAUAUGGAAGAAAUUGCCAAGCUUUUCCUUUACAGAAGUAUCUAUGUUCAUUAUCCUUAUUUGCAAGAAGCUGUAGUGAUUGGUGUAUCCAAUGCCGAAAAGAAAUACUACGUGACUUUCAAUAACGGUAAGAAGCAAAUUUUGGAACAUUUCUGGGAUGAUAAGGAAAGAGAAAGUUGGGAAUCCCGUAUGGGUCGUGCCGAAUAUAUGCCAAGCAAACGUUUCGGUCUUAUUGUGGGAGAAAUUGAAGUUGGGUUCCAUGUAUGCGUCUUGAAUGGUAUGCAUCAAACUGAAGAAGGUGCACUUGUCAAGGAAUUUGUGAACCCUAGCCUUGAAGAUCUCGUACCCAUUCAAAUGGUUGUGAUUAAGGUCAACAAUCCUGACCCUCGUUUCAUCGAGAGACCUCCUCUUCCAGUUGAACAAGAUUUCCCUGUCAGAUCCAACGUCUUUUUUUUGGGUAAUAAAUUUUUGGGUGCUCAAGCAACCGUCGUUGGUCAUACCAAUGGAAAUGUCGAUAUCGAAAUGACCGUACCUGUCGAUGAAAAAUACCAGAGUGAACCUGAAUUUGGUCAUGAAAUUGCACGUAAACAAGAACAUGACAUUCAUUACGAGUCUGCACAAAACAUUGCUCGUGAAGUGAACAUCUCUCCUUUGGCGCUUUCCAAAUUAACUUCUGCCUUAACCGUCACCGAGAAAUCAAACUCUCGUGUCAAUGUUGGUUUGAAUUUGAAGUUUGAUAGUCGCGGUGAAAAGGUAUUGGGCUAUACUCGUAAGCAUCCUGGUGGCUAUUGGGAGUAUUCUCAAGCGGCAGUCGCUCUUAUACGUGAGUAUGUCGAAAAGUUCCCUGAAUUCAUUCGACUUCUCCAAAAUCAAAAGGGUGGUGGCAUGUUGAGUAUUUCCGAUUUUGGUUGGACAAACGAGGGAUCCAAGGUGCUCCGCGCUAUGAAAGAGUGGAUUAACACCAAAAAGAUUGAUAGCUUCACAAGAGCUAGUUUUGAAACAGAGGAAUUAGAAAAGCCAUAUGUUGAAGCUAUUGAGAAGGCUGCUGUUCAAUAUCAUGAAGAUUACGAAAACUUUGACGUUAAAAAGGUUGUCAUUCGUGGUGUACCUCGUAAGGUUUUAUUGAAGCCUAAAGAUGCACCUGUCAGAUUAAAUUACCAGACCUUUUCAUUGGGUGAUCGUAUAAUUUAUGUUUGUGAUACUGGAUCUGUGCCUCUUGGAAAUAAGGGUACAGUUGUCAGCGUGCAAGAUAAGGUGAUUGAUGUUGUAUUCGACACCACUUUUAUGAGCGGGACCACUCUUGGUGGAAGAUGUUCUGAAUUCCGUGGUAUUACGCUUCCUUAUUCUAAUGUUAUUAAUAUCAGCAACCCCUCUCACCAAAACACCUCCAGAGAAAACUCUAACUCAUCACGUGCCAAUAACAAUGGCAAUAACGGCCAUAAUAACAAUAAUGGCAAUAGUUUUAACAAUAACAACGGUGGAGGUGGAUAUGAUUCCCGUGGAGGUCGCGGCGGUCGUGGCGGUCGAGGCAGAGGACGUGGUGGCAGAGGUCGUGGACGCGGGGGAAGUUCUGAUAACCGUUUUUAAAACAAAACUGAUUGCAUU